AUGGAGAGACUUUUUUACCUAUCAACUUUGCUGCUCAUCCUUAUUAGUUGCCCAAUCCUGGCCAGUAGUCAGCUACAGAUUCCUCUUGAAAUCGCAGAGGAAAAUGAGCAGCUGGAGAACGACAUAAAUUCCUUUUUUCGGAUUAUGGAUCGACUCAACGAUGAACUGGGAUUCUACAGUUUUAUCCCCUAUACGGGAAAUGUCUAUCUCAGGCCUUCACUCGAGCAACGUCUAAUGGAACAUUUCGCGGUGCCGAUCUAUUCAGUUGCCUCAGGCAAAGGACCUCUCAAUCGUCGUUAUGAAAAGGGUAAAAAUUUGGUGAUCGUCCUAUUUAGUGGCUUUGAUGAUCCGAUUCUGGCUGUCCUCAACGACACGGAACUCUCCAGUGGUAGUCAUUUCUACAGCUUCCUUUACGUUCCGCAAGGCAACAACAAACGGUUUUUGACGAUGGAAGAGAUGCGGAAGUUCUUUUCCUGGUGUUUUGAGACCAGUAUCGAUCAUGUGCUGCUUCUUUUCCAAAGCGAGUCCGAAUUCGAGACUUGGACAUAUUAUUAUUUAAAAAAUGUAACAGUGACAAGGGUUAGGAAAGGAAGAAGUUUGAAUAGUAUGGUGCGAAAUGAGGGCUAUAGAUUUUCCGUUCAAGUUGCCAACGAUCUGCCUUCUAUUUUUUGGUACAACUCAACGGAACAAGCGGAUGUGAUUGGCGGCGGAAACAUCAGUCUGUCCGGACCCAUUGGCCUCAUGAUGGUGGAGUUCAUGCGCUACAUCAACGCCACCAUGGAUAUACUUCCCAUCGGUGAAAAGCAAAACUCGAACUAUGACAUAUUUCAGGCGGACCAGAAUGUGGACAUGGUGGCCAAUCUGGUGAUCAACGACAGCCUCCCCUUCAGUCCGGUGGUGUCGGAUACCCAAAUUUGCCUCUUGGUGCCACACCGCCGGAAGAUUCCGUCGAGCAGAUAUUUCGACAGGGUGGUUAGUCCCAGUGUGCACCUGCUCAUGUUGCCUGUAGCCCUUUUGGUAUUUGUAAUUAAGUACAUUGCUCACCGUCGUCGGUCGCUGCUGGACGCGUUCUUCAGCACCUUGCGUUUUCACCUAGGAAUACCCCUGCCCGAAGGUCAACUGGAACGAUUGCCUCUGGCUGACAAGAUAAUAGAGGUAUAUUCCCUUCUGUUCCUGAUGAUCUUCAUCAGCGUUUGUGGAUCUAUACUGAGCAGCGUCUUAACGGCGGGACUUUAUUAUCCGCCGAUCACGGAUGUGGAAUCGAUGCGAGCCAGUGGCCUACGGAUCAUCACAGAAGACCCCACAAUACUGCAGGCCUUUAGGGACAAUCGCAUGCCCAGCUCAUUGGCGGAUCUAGUAGAUUUAGUGGACGACCAUACGGUCUUUAAAAACUUACAAAACCUUAACGACAGCGUUGUCAAUGUGGUUCGAACGCCCAACUGGCGGGGACUUCGGUUGUAUCAGGAGCGUCUAAAGACCAAAAGACUCGCUAUUGCUGGACCAAAGCUCUGCUCUGAUAUCCGCCUCCUGCGAUUACCCAUCUCCCCAAGGUCGCCCAUGAGGUUCAUUUUUAAAGAUUACUUUGACAGGAUUUUCGAGUCGGGACUGGAGCAGAAAUGGAUUAGGAUGGGUUUCCAAAAGUUUCGGGAAGUUUAUGGCAUUACAAAAUUGCCCACAGAUAAGAAUAACGAGUGGAAACCGUUGACCAUAUCCUUUUACUCAAUUUUUAUAACAUUAUUCAUGGCCGGUAUGCUUUUAAGCACUUUAGUCUUUAUAAUUGAGCUCCUAUAUAAGAGAUAUCGUGGCUAA